AUGAAAUGCAAUUUGAAGCAUUUACGUAAAGAUUUUAAAAGCUGGAGUGGUAAUAAAAAAGUUGACGAUAUUAUACAAAGAGUACAGAGUACUGCAAAUGGUCCAGAAAAAGUCAUGGAAUGGAUUCCGUAUGAAAAUUUUAAACAGGAAAAAUAUAUUAAUAGAGGAGGAUUCGCAACAGUACAUUCAGCUAUUUGGUCAGAUGGUCCAAUUGAGAAAUGGGAUAUAAAGAAUAAACAAUGGAGUCGCAAGAAAAAUGAACCAGUAGCAUUGAAAUAUGUAGCUAAUUCAAAAGCUGAAAUAGAUGACUUUUUGAAAGAGGUUGUUUCAUAUUUUCAAAUAACUGAUAAUUCAGCGUUUAUUCGAUGCCUUGGAAUUUCUCAACAUCCAGAUGGUAGAUACAUUAUAGUAUUGGAAUAUGCAAUUUUAGGUAGUCUUCGUGCGUACUUGGAUGUAAAUUAUAAGUUUAUGACAUGGAAAGAAAAGAUUACUGCACUAUUCAACGUCAGCAUGGGACUUAGCACAUUGCAUAACAGCCAAUUGAUCCAUCACGACUUUCAUUCAGGAAACCUUUUAUUCCUUAGAGAUGUUGGUGAAGAAAACUUAACAGAUUCACCACAAAUUAACGUAUCUAAAAUGCCUCAUUAUAAAACACACCCUGGAGCAAUUUAUACUAGCAGGCUACUUGAUUUCUCUACUCUUCCACCCCCAGUAAAUGCACCAGAUUUUGAGAUUGAAGAUAGUCUUCAAGGUAAUUAA